AUGUGUAUGCGAGUGAAGCUGACGACUAGGCGGUGGGAUCGUUGGAAACUUGUGGAUGUCCACAUCGAUGGAAUUCCUUCAAGGAUUACAUUUGACACAAAACCAGCUGUAGGGAGUUUAAUUGCCUUCGUUUCAUGUGACCAGUUUGCCCAUAGGAUCUUGAAAGCCAACUUUAAACACUAUCAAUCUCAGAACGUUAUUGUUGAAAACGAUGUUCAAAGUAGAAACAUGUGUGUGAACGAUCAAGGUCGGCGACUUGUGUGCAUCCGUCGGCUUCCUCUAUCAGAAUCAUUGUCCAUUAAUCAGGAACAAAAUCAUAGAGACAGGAGCCAAACGGAUAUGGCAUCUAUCGCUUUGCCACUUUCCACUAAACUACAGCAAAAUCAACUUCGCCAUUCAAGCUUCCGCGGAAGCCCACUGCCACAGUCCGCCAUUUCUUGUAGCUCAAACAAACAGAAACAACAUGUUUCAAAGACUUGUCUCACCAAAAUCACUGCGAAGUUUGACCUGAAGCCUCCUCCAUAUCCUCUGGAUGCUUUGGAACCACAUAUGAGCCGUUCAACCCUCGAGUAUCAUUGGGGAAAACACCACAGAGCUUAUGUGGACAACCUAAAUAGACAGAUAGAAGGAACUGAGCUGGAGGAAUUGUCACUAGAAGAUAUCAUAACUAAAACAUACAACAAAGGCGAUAUCCUUCCACAAUUCAACAAUGCAGCACAGAUCUGGAACCACGAUUUUCUCUGGGAGUCCAUCAAACCUGGGGGAGGAGGGAAGCCAACAGGGGAACUCCUAGAACUGAUUGAAAGGGACUUUGGUUCUUUUGAAAAGUUUUUGGAAGAAUUCAAGUCCGCUGCUGCAACGCAGUUUGGUUCUGGUUGGGCUUGGCUUGCAUAUAAGGAUAACACGGUUGACCAUCCACGUCCAUCAGAGAAGGACAAAAAGCUUGUUAUUCUAAAGAGUCCCAAUGCCGUUAACCCACUCGUUUGGGACUAUGCUCCACUUCUUACUAUCGACGUCUGGGAGCAUGCUUAUUACCUAGACUUCCAGAAUCGGCGACCUGAUUAUAUAUCAACCUUUGUUUCAAACCUAAUAUCAUGGGAAGCAGCAGACUUGAGGCUGCAGAAAGCCAAGGUUGAAGCUGCUGAAAGAGCAAAGGAAAAAGAAAAGAAAAAGGAGAAGAAAAAGGCGGAAGGAAGCGACGAAGAUGUCUACGUUGACAGCAGUUCAAGCGAGUCGGAUUCAGAUUCUGACUAAAAAUUGCUUCUUUGGUUUACAUAACUCAUAAGGGUGCACACCAUAUUUUAUUUCUGUACUCUAAAUCAUGUGGUUUGUUGCUGUGAUCAGUUUGUAGACUUUGAGUCAUUGGCUGUAAAGUGAGGAUGGAGUGUGUAAUUUUGUAGCUUUGAGAGAAUGCAUUGUAAUAGAACUGUUACUAGAACAUAGGGAGUAGGGACUUUUACUUCCACCUUUCUGCAUGUAUAAUGUUAUGGUCCUUUUGGGAAAAGUGUUUAAUAAAUAUAUUCUAUUUU